AUCGCCUGGUUGCCGGUCGCUUCGACAUUAAUGAAAUUCUGGACAUGGUGGCCCUUAAUGGGCCGGACCACAUUGAGCCUGGAGAGGGCCCGCUGCAGAAUAACAACAGGAUAAUCGAACAGGAUGGACUCAAUGACCUUUUGGAAUUUUUCUGCACGGAGGUACUUUGGACUACGCUGAUGCACCCGUUCCAUCAUGCCGGUGUAUUGAUGCAACUGGGCUUUGAACCUUUUCCUGGUGAGAUUGUCCGGCUGGGAUUGCUCGGAUCGCGCAGUCUUCUUCCUGGGGCGCAACACCUCAUUGGGUACAUCCAUCAGAGCGAUGGAUUCUUCGCCCUCUUUCGGGGUCUCAAGGCGAGCAUCGCGGGAAAUUUUACUUCCUACCUGAUGGAGGCAGCUAUGGCGGCGAUGGGUCUGGAAACUCGCAAACUCACCCAUACGACUGGGACUUCUGUGAAGGAUGUCUCAUGGAACUUGCUAGUCAGAAGCAUCCGAUUGACCUUGAAUCUGGUCGUCACGCAGCCGUUUACUGUAGUCUUGACUCGCCAGAUCGCCCAGUUUAUAGGUUGCGAAAAUGUCUACAAAACUAUGGGCCAAACCAUCUUCAAGAUAUUCACCGAAGAAGGCGUGGCCGGUUUCUACGCCGGCUUUGUGCCCCGCCUGCUGCGCAAUAUAGGCAUCAUGGCAGUCGCCACUGUCGCGACGGCUCUCUUCUUCCACUAUGGGCCGCAACACAGCACCAUUCAGGUACUCAACGAGGUAAUAGUGAUAUUUCGUCCUCGUACGCUCUGCACCCGUUGUCAGUGGUGGGCACCUGUAUGGAUGUUCAAGGGUCCCCCUUGGCUGCUGCAAUGCCGUCUCAAAUGCCGCACUAUGAACACUGGACUAAGUGCUUCUAUGAUAUAUAUCAAGGUAGUGGAUUCUACCACCGUGGGGGCGUUCUUUUCUGGCGUACGGUGCCUGUCAAGGGGCUGCAUGACUUGAUGGGACGCCCGAAAUAAGCACAGAGUUGGCUCAGCCCUUUUUUUCCAGCUAUUUGUUGAACAAAAUAAACAAGAAUUGUCUACUUCAAUUGAUUCUUUGUUACAAUGAUAUUUUCCAUAGAUCCUGUAACUUUUCACACUCCCUUGAUAGCUAAAGGUGGUAUUUCAUUUGACAGGUGCAACAGCGGAUCACUGCUAGCCUUCACGGUAUAUUUAUACCAUCGCGAUGGUAUCGUAAGAGACGAAUAAUAGGAGUACCCGUUUGGUUGCCUGCCAUAGCAACUGAGAUUAUUGUGUAUGCUAUUACUAUUAAUAUUGUCAUACCACUAGUCAGACGAAAACAAUUCAUAGGACGGGACCAUGGCCCGAUACCUAUCGAGGACCGUUCUCUUGGGGGCCCAGUGGAUUGGCAAGGCGUUUGUAUCGAUCAGGAGAUCAAGAAGUGGGAGGCCCAGACCGUAUCGCAGGCCCAGUCAGGACAUGCAUAAAUGAUUGGGGGUCUACUCUUGUUAUGUCAAUUCUGCUUGUUUUGAACAACGUGGGCAAAUUCUAAGCCUCGCACUAAGAAACGAUUCACAAAAGCUUUCCUUUCGCCCAUGUAUUUCCCUAAUGUGAAUUGCUAAGCCCGGUGCUAACAGAACACGUUGUCAAAAAAUUUGAUUGCUGUAGUAGGCCAUGCUCGGUUCAAAACCAGUCGUAGUACAAGUAAAAGUAUACGAGCUAUUGAAAAAAUCAAACAAUUCAGUAUCGUUUCGGGCUCCAUAGGGGCAACAUCUCCUAAAAAAACUUAGUUUCGGUUAUAAAAAUAACAAAAUUUUUGUGUUAAAAAUAAAAUUUUUUUGUUGAAACGCAGAGAGAGCUUGUCGAAAAGUUCAAUAUUUUUUAAUAAAUUGUCAUCGGAUGUGCUUGUGUAUGAAUACUUGUUGUUUUGUCGCUGCACCACUAAAAUAACUGCCGGUUUCGAAGACGCGCUGAUUAGAAGUUGUUGCUCUUUUUGCGAAGUUAUCAAUGGAAUGCGGCAAAUAGGUUUUGGCUCAAUGUGUGCAUAUAGUGCCCGUUCACAUGACAAUGCAAGCUCGUUUCGGGUAAUGGGACACUGCCAUCGCGCAAGAAGUUGAGUAUGAUUCCAAAAUGGUUUCCACAGCGAUCUAUUAGUAUCCAACCUUCUGAAUCAGUUAGCACCUCCAUGCGACCACUAAACAUAGCGCUUAGCAUUGUAUCAUUAUGCUUCGUCAGUGUUCCGAUUGUAGUAUAAUAUAAGCGACCACCAACAUUCAGCUUGACAUACUGAGACGAAUGCCCUUUUAACAGCACUUUCUGAUCACCGGACAUGGCUUCAGACUGCUUGGCAUGAAGCACAAAUUGGUGGCUACUUUCUGCAGGUGCCAAAAUCACUUUGUGUUAAAAAUAAAAUUUUCCUAAAAUUGAAAAUGUGAAAAAAACCAGAAGAGCACUUACACAAAUCGGCAGUUAAGGCUAAUGGCAGACAUUCUUAGACUUCGAUAUAUCAGCCAAGACACAUACACGCACAAUGUCAUGCGACACAACGCGUUGCAACGCUGCUAGGAAAGCCCUGUAAACUGAUGUGACGCUCUCCGUUGGAUGGAACAACAUCUGCUGCUGGAGUUACACAAACAAAAUGUGUUUCUGGCGAGCCCACGACCCUCGGAAGGGUAUAGUUGUGCGGAAAACACACUUGCACACUCUUAUUUCGAUAUUUGAAAUGAUGGCAUCUUCUACUUCUACGAAUCACAAGGCGACAACUCUACUUAAACUGGCGAACAAUCCUCUACUCUGGUACACAGCCAUCCUUGACGGA